AUGAUCAUAGGCAUCCUCUCGCGCUUCGCAUGCAAUAUCUUUUGCUUUCUCUACCCCGCAUACGCGUCGUACAAGGCUCUGUCGACGCCUUCGAUCGAUCCAGCUGGAGACAUUCUUAUUGAGCGAUGGCUGAUGUACUGGGCGGUGGUGGGCACGUGGACGGGCGUCGAGGCUCUGGCAGGCUGGUUGUUCACAUGGCUACCAUUCUACUCGCUUUUCAAGACCGUGUUCUUCCUGUACUUAUCACUCCCGCAGACUGAGGGCUCCACUUAUGUCUAUCGCGCACAUCUCGCUCCGCUGUUCUAUCAGCAUGAGGAGGACAUAGACGCCGCACUGAAUGGCCUGCGAUCGAGAGCUACGGAGACGAUUACUGGUGCUUUGGGAAUGAUAUGGGAGAAAGUCCGGCAACAGCUCAACAUCGCCGCUCCAGCGUACCCCGAAUAUGCCCAAGGUCACGAACAGGUCGCUGCCCCACAAAUGCCGCCGCCGUCCUUCCAGGAUCCGGCUGGAGGGGCUAUGCAGCAGAUGUACGGACUAUUCAAUAGAUACGCUAUACAAUACCUCCCAGCAGCUAUUACCGCCAUCCAAGCAGCCACGAACGCAGCUACAGCACGUACCAUCCCGGCCGCUCAAGCUCAGCGUGAAGCUCAGAUGGUCACCGAAGCCAUGUCUAUGCCUAUUCCUUCCAUCAACAAUUCGGAUCCCCGCCGUCUAUCCCGGACAUCGCAGUACGCGUCCACCGAGAGCUUCGCUCGUAUGCGCCAUACGUCCGACCAGUUCCUCAAUGCCCAUCCGAGGUCUGCGUCCAAUCCCCAGAUGCCCCCACAAGUCAUACACCGCAACUCGGAUGAAUCGCGGAAUACGAUGGGCUCGAAUCGAUCAUCCCGCUCUUCUCUCGCGGGAGCGUACGGCGAGAUGUCGGGGUACGAGACUAUCAAUAGGGAGGAUGCGGUGGAUGCAGUAGGGGAGACUGUGCCGGAGGCGCUGCGGCCAGGGGGUCCCCGAAGGGGGUCGAGCUGGUUUGGAUGGGGAGGUCAAGGUGAGGAGAGAGCUAAGGCGGAGUGA